UCUCAUACUGGCGAGGCGGGUAGACAUGUAAACAGUAAACAACAUUAUGUGCCUCACGAACGAAUGCUUACAGUUACUACUACAUUCAGUGUGUUAGCUGUUCUUGGUUCGCGUCGAAUCGCGCCUGUUAACUAAUUUUAAAUUUAUUUAUUUGUUUAAUUAAUUUUACGCUCGCCGCUCAUCUUCGAUCGAUAUUAAUUAUUACUUUAAACUAUUAGUGCUACGGUUAAUUGACCGAGUACAAUUCCGUUCGCAAAAGUUUCCGCGCAGUGCUGAAAUAAUGUGUACCUACUGAAAGCCUGAAACAAUUUCUUUAGUGCGUACACCUAUAUUAAACUACACGAAGAAUGGAAAUCAGGAUAUGGUAACUAAUUAUUGGAAAGGAAUUAUAGCUAUCGUCAAUCCGAGAUCUCUUCAAUCUGCCCAGGCCCCUAAAGGUCACAUCGGGGGAAACCCAUUUGAUAGUGCAGUAACUUGGACCAAAAACCACUUUGGCGGGUCUGUUGUGAGUCCUUGGCCUCGACAUUCUCGAUAUGGUGAUGAUGGCAUCAUGGAUCACGACGUAGACGGAGAUGUUGCUAUCAACCUUUCAACCUCGCAACGGCCUUCGGCGGCCACUACACCCAACGGAAGCGUGGAACCUGAAGACGUCGAACUUCAAGCUGCGUCAUUAGAAAAAGUAUUGAAGGAACAGCAACAGCAGCUUGAUCUGGAGCGAGUUUGGGAGCAAGAUAGAGACAUAAAAGGUAAUGGUAGCACAAGUCCGUCUUCGGAAAAACGCGUGCAGCAGGAGCAUUCGCCUCCGCCGGCAUCCGAUGCACAGAAAACACAUAACGCAUCCGUACCCGCGUCCCAGACGCAAACAGCUUCGACAUCUCAGAUGAUGACUUCGCCAGUUCCCGGACUUCACCAUAUGCAACAAUUGUUACAACAGCACGUACUUAGUCCUUCACAAUUACAGUCCUUGAUGAAACAGCACUCGUUACUUCAACAACAUCAUCAGCAAAAGCAAUUGGUCGAAUUGGGUAAAAAACAAAUUGAGCAGACAAUGCAGCAAUUGCAGGAACAACUGCAAUUAAAUUUAAUUCAACAAACACAAAUAUUGCAAAGUGGCGAUAAGAAGAAGACCUCAUCGUCAUCUUUGCAACAACUAGCCCUUCAGCAACAGCAACUUAUACAGCAGCUUCAAAUUGUACAAAGACAGUACGUGGUUCAUCAAGGCAUGGGGAUACAACCGAUGAUGUUAGUUCAAGGACCAGGGCUGACCUCUAGAGACGUGAUGAGUCCGUGGAAAGAACCGCCAAACGGAAACGACCAACAACUUCACACGGCUAAUAGCAAAUGUUCGUUGCCCGACGUAAAUGGUAUUAUAACGGCGAUCCCGAAUCGCCGAGACGAUAUGUUUUUCGAAGACAAAUUGGAAGGCGAAAGAACGGGCACCGACAAAGUUCAGCAUUUAUAUGGCCACGGUGUAUGUAAAUGGCCCGGAUGCGAAGUUAUAUGUGAGGAUCUACCAUCUUUCAUGAAACAUCUAAACACCGAACACGCAUUAGAUGAUCGUUCGACAGCUCAGGCACGGGUGCAAAUGCAGGUGGUAUCACAAUUAGAACUACAAUUGCAAAAAGAAAGGGAUAGAUUGCAAGCGAUGAUGCACCAUUUACACAUGUCUAAACAACUCGGCUCCCCCGAACCUUUAAAAGAAAGCCCGCCUCCCACAAAAAUUACAGUUAAUACCGUAGUACCACCACCCGCAUCUUCCAUGGGAGUCUUGGUGUCUACAGUCCGAUCCCCAGUAUUACAAGCCACUGCCCCUAACGUCCCAGGUCCAAUACGGAGACGUAUCAGCGACAAGUCUGCCUUGUCACUGGCAGGAGGACUGCCUUAUAUGCUGGAGAGGGCAGGACUUGAUGUACAACAAGAGAUACAGAGAAACCGCGAAUUCUACAAAAAUGCAGACGUUCGACCACCUUUCACGUACGCUUCUUUAAUUCGACAGUCGAUAAUCGAAUCUCCAGAUAAACAGCUUACCCUUAACGAGAUAUAUAACUGGUUUCAAAACACCUUCUGCUAUUUUCGAAGAAAUGCUGCCACGUGGAAGAAUGCGAUACGCACCAAUCUAUCACUCCACAAGUGUUUUGUACGCUACGAAGACGACUUUGGGUCAUUUUGGAUGGUGGACGAUGCUGAAUUUGUGAAGCGCCGCCACCUGUCACGUGGUCGGCCGCGGAAAUAUGACCCAACCCCAUCACCCACUCCACCACCCCAUUGCGCACAGGGUGGCGCAUCUAAGAGUCCUACAUUAAACCACAGUCCAACGAUGUAUGGGGAUCAUAUGAUCCAGGCCACUAUGUUAGAUGAUAAUAUGUCAUUCCUUACUGGAGGCGCCAAUGUGUGCAGUCGGGAUUCAAGAUUAAGGGAUAGUUCGCAGUCGCCGAGUCAUGAUCAUGUCGGGGGAGGAAUGCAUAGGGCUUCCGUAAAUGGUGGGCUUUUAAUAAAGCAAGAACACGCUCUCACUGCCGAACACCAUUCGAUUCGAGAAUCAGAGCAUCCUGUGCAUCACGUUAUAAAACGUGAAGUACACGUCGACUACGAAGACAUCGAUCAAGAUCCACAAGUUGAUGGGAUGGCCGAAGAUUUGACGAUCACAUCACCCCAAGAUCACCAUCUUCAUCACCAACAUCUUCAACAUAACGAUUCGAACAUGAUCGACGAUGCAUAGUGUAAGUUUUUGUGAAGUGCGGGCUCAGAUCCCUUCUCGGAAGGGUUUUUGGUUUUACAUUUAAUAUAAAUACUUGUAGUAAAAAGUAGUCGCAUAUCUGAAAAUCGAGUUAGCUUGUGUAUAAUAAACUUCAUUGAAUUUGUACAGAUAAGCUAAAUGUACAUAAUAACGUUACCUACUUCAAUAUUCAUAGAUGUUAUGUAAGAUCUUGGACGUCUAACUUUAAAGAGGCUAUUCGGUGUGGACCUCUGUUAUAUAUCAUCAACUGUGACAUAGGUAUAUUGCGCGAAAAGUUUGUUAAGUAUUCGCUCUUCGAAUAUUUUGCGGAAACGGAGGCACGAUUCAUCGGUGAUCUCGAUUAAGCAAGCUCGUAGUCGAUAUCGUGUUCUGUUAAAGCGGCUAAUCGUAUGAUCAUAUUUUGCUUCAAAAACGGGCUCACAUGCCUUUAAAGCAACCGAGAUAUUACUGUCCGAAAAUAACCAACGCGCGCAAAAUUACUACCUAUAUAUUAACAGGGUGAUUUUAAACUUGUGACGUAUGACGUAUCCUGUUGUUAUUAGUUAUACGGAUAACAUUCAAAACCGUCUUUCAAAGACAUUAAAAUGUUAUUUUUUUUAUGUAAUCAUAUCAGUGACACAAGGUGAAGCAGAAUGUUCGUGAUCAAAGUCUGCAGUACAAUUUAUUUCAUAGAUCGCCAUCACACGCUUCCAAGCUUCCUAACAAUAUUAUGAUGUCCUUAAAAGCCAAUGUUACGUUUGUUACCCUUUUUCUUUGUUGAACAUUUCUCAAUGCUCAUACUUUUACAAAGGUUUAGUAAUAUUGCAAGCGCAGUUUUUCGAUUUCAGUAGUAGAAGGAGAUAUUUAGUGGUUUAAACCCCACAUUUUUGUACUUACAGUUCCGUAUAGAGAAUAAAAUAAAAUUUUAAAGUUAACUCCUACUAGGAUUUGCCUAGUUGUUUAUAAUGAAUGGUAGUUAAAGUUUAUUUAUUUUUUUAUGGACGAUCAGUUUUCUAUAUAUGAAUGAGUCUUUUAGAAAGAGGUAUAGGUGCUUCUUUUCUACUUCUUCUUCUUUUGCUUUGUUCUUGCCAGUUGAUUAUAAUAUGUACAAUUAUUUCAAUAUUUAUGGUACUGUUCAUAACACGGUUUCAUAAAGUAUUUUAGGAAAGUAUCUGCGACCACACUUUUGAUGCAUAAAGUAGAUUCGAGUUUGAUAAGGUAACUAAAUUUUUAAAAAAUGCAUUUGAAAGGGAUUGGCUUGGUGUCCGUCCGUUUCUGCGUUCUUUGUAAUAAUCCAUUUUUGAGGAUAUUUUAGGAAGUAUUUCCGCGCGCCAACACGGUAGGUACAAUAGUACACAUCCAUAAAAACAAAAGUUAUUCAAUUAAAUCGCACCCAAUGUUAGCAAAUUGAAUACAGGGUAGAUGCACUAAAUACUGUUGAAUAGUAGGAGUUAUGCAGCUAUUGAGCUCUUUAUAAUGCGCAUAUCUACUAAUUUUUCGAAAUUUGAUUUUUAUGUCCUGGAUAAUAUAGCCUUAACAGGGUACUGUCCGACCGUGCUGUCGCGAAAAGAGUGCACUCAUUCAGAAUAAUUUAAAACUUAAUUAUUGGUUUUAUAUUUCGUAACAAUUAUUACACAAUUUGUAACAUAAUUAUCAGUGUGCUCGCGCAUUAAAUUUCCCGGGAAACAUCGGACUACCCAUAUUGACACUUGACCUUGAACCCAAGACAAUCAUAUGACGCAAUUGAGUUAGAUGAUUUGGGUUUUAUGUACUUUUUUCUUCACUUGGAACGGUAAAUGGCUACGUAGAACGUAACGGGCUUUAUUUUGAUACCAAAGCAGUAUAUUGAUUUAUUAAUUCAGCUUUUAAACUCGAGUCUACAAACGCCUAUAGUAGGUAUCUAUAUUUUUUUACAUAAUAACAACGAAAAAGCUCUCACUAUCACCAUCCCUAUCUGCCGGUGGGGAACUACGGAGAUUUAGGCAACUGGAAAGUUCAACUAAUUGUGGGAUGCCAAAAUAGUGUAAAUUAUACUUAUCUAAAAACAUAAAGCAUAGGUGUAUACCCUGGGCUUGGUGAUAACUGUAGGCAGCGUUUUUUUUUCAAUUGUGUGCGCAGUUGCUUUACAAUGUUUUUAAAAUGCUUUGGAGCGAAUUGAUGGAAACGAAUGAACAUACCUGGGUUUUUCGGUAUAUCUUUUCUGAUUUUGUUGUAAAUGUUGCAAAAAUUCCUCUUCAAAGAUUGGUAAUCCUUUAAGAGGAGUGCGAAAAAAUUCUGAUCACUAAAUUUGACAUGAAUCUUUGAACAUUGACAUUUAAAAUAUCGAAUUCACAAAACUGCAAUUGUUGGUUACAACGAAAAUCGGAAAGUUAAGGCUGAUAAGCAAAUUACUUCUCUCUCAUAUUCAAUGAAUUCGUAUAGAAACGCAGUGCUUAUAAUGCCGCAGACGGGGGACCUACAUGUAAUCGGCAUGGAUAACUAACGGGCGAUAAAAAAAGAUUGACAUCGAGUCGCCUUUGGAAGUUCAAUUUCCCAUGUAAACAAAAAUUCCAAAGGUGACUCGAGAGCAACUUUUUUUUAUUGCAUAGUGGUUUUAGACGAGUUGGUGAAUCUACGAAGCAUCGGGCGAUUUUUAGUAAGAUACAACUACAACAACAAAAAAUGUUUAAAUACGCAAUUGUCAUCAUUUUUUUUAAGAAGUACAGUAUCUUUGUUUUAAAACCUGAUUUUGGGGUCGUUAUUUUCAUGUUGUAAAACCUCUAGUUUCCAAAUUUCGUCGACGUCAGGAUUUUUUCACAUCUUAGAGUAUGAAUUUUAGAUAAUCAUUUUAUUUUGUAUGUAGAUUUUUUUACUUAUCCCUGUAAUUUUAAGUAAGGAACAUAAAAUCAAUAACUUGUUCUCCAAUUUUAAAUUAAUUGCAGAGCAAGAGUCGUCUUUGUCAUGUUGGACGCUAGCUGCGAUGUCGGCUUGUUAUUUGACGUAGACUUUUAUGACCACCGGUCCAGUCCACCACUAUUAUUUCUUUAGAGCCCAGACUGAUGUGUUGAGUUGUCCGAAUAAAACAAUUGUCUCUGUUUUUAUAUGAACGUUUGACGAAUUUCGUGGGGUUUAAUGGUUAAAUAUCGACUUCUGUUUUAUUUACUGCGCCAUUUGAGUAUAAUUAUUCUUGUUUAUACUACUUUCCUUAUACCAGAAUGAUUGCGGACAAUUUCUCGCAAAACAAAAUAUUUAAGACAUUCCAAAUGUCAUUUAUUUUAAAGCAGUGGUAGACCAAUUUAUUGGAUAACUAAAUAAUGAUGACAAUUAAUUAAAGAAAACUCGGCGGUUCAUGUUUUCUAAUAUUCAUUCUAACGUUACACGUGGGAUACUCGGGCUAGUUAAAUGAUCACCGUAAACGUGUUUUCAGCUACCCAUGUGCGGAUGUGCGAAAGUGUUGACUAUCAACGUAUCUUGAUUCCCUGCUUUGUUACUCGUAAAAGUUUGAUUUGAAGCUUCGUUGCUGUUUACAUGAGUAUUAAUUAUUAAAUCAAUGAUAUCAAUGAUUAGAGCAAUUCAAAUUGUCUGCAGACGUUUUGGAUCUCGCGGUAUCCGUUAGUAUUUUUACGUAAAAAUCAGAAUAGAGAAAUUUGUAUUAUAGGUAUAGAUGUCCACUUUUGAAAUAUGUACUUGUUUGCUGAGGGAGAUAUAAACAGGAAUAAAUGUACUUCAACGGCUGAAUUUUGUUAAUUUUCUGUAAUAUGCGCUUGUGAAAAAAGGAUCUUCAUAUCACUAAUUUUAAAUGUGGGUAUAUUAUAUAUGUUGUUUAUAUGUAUAGUAUAUUUUAUAUAUACAUUCAGUCACUUAUAUAGAUACUGUAAAUUACAAUAUUAGGUUGAUAGAAAUAAUAUGUAAAUUUGAAGCGUAUAUAUUAUAUACUACACAUUAUAUAAUAUACCUCUAUGUUAAGAAAUAUCUACGUUUUAAGUUUCAGGAAGGGUGUCUAACAGGAAUACUUUAAUGAGGCUAAAAAUGAUUACAGAUAUUUUUCAAACUUUUAUUAGCUGAUAUAUUUUGUGGUACCUAUGUAUUUGAUCCCUAGUUUACAGGGAAUAUAAAUAAACGUUUUUAUAUACUAUGAUAGACACCCUACCAAUUUUAGUUGAUUAGAAGUAAUAAAACUUUCCAAAUGCUCUAACAUAAUCGAAAUCCUUUCUAACAUGUAACAGAAUCAUUUUGGUAACUUUUUUAUCUAUUAUUUUUAAGAAUAAAUUUUGAGAGUUUUGUCAUGCCAUUAGCCCAACUACACUUCGUGUUCUUGUGAUAGUAUUUUAGUUUUCGUUAUAUAAUUAGAUUCUUAGAUAGUAUAAAAGCGGCAUUGCAUGGCAAUGUAAUAAUUGUUUUGCUGCUUGCAGUAGCAGAAAGUAAUUUGAGAUACCUACUUUCUACUAAGGUCGUUUGUAUGUAAAUAUGUGUGUAUUAAACAACAUUACUACUAUUACCAAUACAGCCGAUUAAACACAUAUCAUGUUUUUCUCAAUUUAAUGUAUGGCAAUCAUACGCUUCAUUUAGUACAUGUAGGUAUACAAAUUACUUUCUGCAAUCAUACGUCUUCAUGUAAAAUAUACCUACAUAUUGUACGAACCUUCGUAUAUCAGUUGUUUAAAGAACAAUUAUUACCUACAAAUAAAUAGAGCAAUACAUA